GCAACCGUACGCUUUAAAAGUGGGAGAAAAUUGAGCAGGCGUCCUCCUUUCGCUCAACUUCCAGAAGGGGAACAACCUUUUGUGCAGAAUAAACAGCUUGCUUUGAAAAGGUUCCCGUCAAAUUCACCAUGGCUCAGCAACCGCUUCUGUCGCUGCCCGAGUUCCAGAGCGUCUCCACGGGUAGUUUGGUGGUGAAGGAGCCGCUGAAUUUCUGGGGAGGAGCGAGAGUGAAGCCGAGGGACACAAAAAACUCCGAGCCAGUAUACGAGCCUGCAACUGGUCGUGUGCUGUGUGAUCUGAUCCCCUGUGGAGAGGAGGAGGUAGAUCAGGCCAUUAAAAGUGCUCAUUCUGCAUACCUAAAAUGGAGUCAAUUAUCAGGAAUGGAGAGGUCCCGGAUCAUGCUGGAGGCUGCCAGAAUUAUCAGGGAGCGGAGAAAUGCAAUUGCAAAAGCAGAAGUGGCCAACAAUGGCAAAUCCAUCACUGAGGCUGAGGUGGAUAUUGAUGUUGCUUGGCAGUGCAUUGAGUACUAUGCUGGCAUUGCCCCCACACUGUCAGGUCAGCAUAUUCAGCUCCCAGGAGGAUCUUUUGCCUACACCAGGAGGGAGCCUUUGGGAGUGUGUGUUGGCAUCGGUGCUUGGAACUACCCAUUCCAGAUCGCUGCCUGGAAAUCAGCUCCAGCUAUGGCCUGCGGUAAUGCCAUGGUGUUUAAACCAUCUCCCAUGACCCCGGUGACCGCUGUCAUAUUGGCGGAGAUCUACAAAGAGGCAGGUGUCCCAGAUGGACUUUUUAACGUGGUACAAGGAGGAGCUGAGACGGGAAGCCUGCUGUGUCACCAUCCCAUGGUGGCUAAAGUGUCCUUUACUGGUAGUGUUCCUACUGGAAAGAAGGUUAUGGAAAUGGCUGCUAAAAGUGUGAAGCAGGUGACUCUAGAGCUUGGAGGAAAGUCACCGCUGAUCAUCUUUAAGGAUUGUGAGCUGGAGAAUGCCAUCAAAGGAGCCCUUAUGGCCAACUUCCUGACCCAGGGAGAGGUGUGCUGCAAUGGAACAAGGGUGUUUGUGCAGAGGGACAUCAUGCCAAAGUUUUUGGAGGAAGUUGUGAAGAGAACCAAGGCCAUCUGUGUGGGAGAUCCUCUGUGUGAAGGAACACGCAUGGGUGCUCUGAUCAGCAAACCACACAUGGAAAAAGUGCUGGGCUUCAUCAAGCAAGCUAAAGAACAGGGUGGAAAGGUUUUAUGUGGAGGAGAACGAUUUGUCCCCAAUGAUCCCAAACUGAAAGACGGAUACUUUGUGUCUCCAUGUGUGCUGGAUAACUGCAGAGAUGAUAUGACCUGUGUGAAGGAGGAGAUCUUUGGCCCUGUGAUGUCUGUUCUGCCCUUUGACACAGAAGAGGAGGUUCUUCAGAGAGCCAACAACACAACCUUUGGCUUGGCAUCUGGAGUCUUCACCAGGGAUAUUGCACGUGCCCACAGAGUUGCUGCAAACCUUCAAGCAGGAACUUGCUACAUCAACAACUACAAUGUCGGCCCUGUGGAAGUUCCUUUUGGAGGUUACAAGAUGUCAGGUUUUGGAAGGGAGAAUGGUACCGUGACCAUUGAGUAUUACUCUCAGCUCAAGACUGUUGUGGUGGAGAUGGGAGAUGUGGAAAGCCUGUUUUAAGCUAUUGUCCAGUUAACCACCUGCAUUCCUGACAGCAAUGUGAUUUUCCCCAGUUUUCAGAUCUGUAGCUCUGGCUUUGCAAUAGAAGUCAAUUACUAGGAGACUAGCUGAGCGCUGUACUGCUUUGACAGUCCAUAUUUAUGUCACUCAUUUCCAUUAGGCCUCAAUGUGUGAGAACGCUUAAGGAAACUUGACUGACUAACUAAAGCAUUUUUCCAGAUCCAUUAAUCAUGUGAGUUUUUAUGUACUAAUAGUUCAAUUAAAAGCAAGUGCCUUUGGAUAUGUUUCUACUAUACAAGUUUAUUACAUUCCACGACUUGUUGUUUCACCACUGCACCAUAAAGAAUUUGUAUUACACUGAUGGUUUACAAGUUUCAAUUUGAAAUAAAUGUACCUUGGCUUUCAA